AUGGAAAAAUCUAUUAUAUAUCCAAAUUGUGAUUUUACUAUUUGGUUUCGUUCAGUAAAUGAAAAUAAUAUUACGGAAACACCUAUCGAAGGAAAAACAACAGGAAUCAUUCCGAAUUGGAUUAAUGGUUGUUUAUAUCAGAAUGGUCCUGGUUUACUUGAUGUAACAGGAAAACGUGUUCAACAUUUAUUUGAUGCUUUCUCACUCAUACAAAAAUUUACAAUAAAAAAUGGACAUGUUACAUAUCAAAAUCGAAUACUUCAAUCUGAUGCUUACAAACAAGCAUAUAAAACUGGUCGAUCAUGUUAUUCUGAAUACGGUACAUCAAAAUAUCAAGAUAAAUCAGAUUCCUAUAAUAACAAACAUGAAUCUGUAUCAAGUUUAAGUUGGUUUUUAACACGAAUUCAGCAAUUAUUUCAUUUUAAAAAUGAUUUUCGAACAGAUAAUGCAUUAAUUAGUAUUUAUCCAUAUAAAAUCAAGAAUGAUAAAAUAGGAUUAUUUGCUAUGACAGAGACUCCAAUUAUGCAUGAAAUAGAUUCCAAAACAAUUGAAACAUGUUCAAAAUUUAAUGUUAGUGAACAUCUACCUAUUGUUUCUCAUUGUGCUCAUGCAGUUAUUCUCAAUGAUGGAACAAUACUUAAUGUUGGUUUAGCAUCAAGUUUAACGGGCAUGAAUUAUGUUCUAUUUGAAUUUCCAGGUUUUUCAAAUUCAAAUAAUGAAGAUAAUCUUAUGAAUCAAUGUAAAACUUUAACAAAAAUUCCAAGUCGUUGGCCAUUUAAUCCAUCCUAUAUGCAUACAUUUGCUGUAACUGACAAUUAUAUUAUACUUGUCGAACAAUCACUUUGUAUUUCUCUUGCUCAACUUAUUCAACUUACUAUAACACAUGGUCCAAUGACAGAUGCACUUGUUUGGCAUGAAAAUGAACCAGUUCGUUUUCGACUUAUUAAUCGUCAUACAAUGACUGAAUAUAAUGAUUAUACUUAUUUAUCAUCGGCAUUCUUUUUUCUUCAUAUAAUCAAUGCCUAUGAAGAUAAUAAUCAUCUUGUUAUUGAUAUUUGUUGUUAUGAUAAUGCUGAUAUGCUUGAAUGUAUGACAAUUGAAGCACUUGAAAAUGCUCAAGAAAAUCCGGAUUAUUAUAAACAAUUUCGUGGUAGACCAAAACGAUUUGUUUUACCUGUUGGAAUGAAUCAUGAAGAUGAAAAUUUCAAUGGUUUAGAUUAUACAACAUGUGAAAUUAAAUUAAUUGAUCGAAAAAAAUUAUGGAUUGAACCAGAAAUAAUUGUUGAUUUAGGUUGUGAAUUACCUCAAAUUGAAUACUUUAGAUUUUAUGGAAAAUUCUAUCGAUUUUUUUAUGCGAUUAAUAGUGAAGUUGAUUAUAAAUAUUGUGGAGCUCUUCGAAAAAUUGAUAUUCUUUCGAAAACAUGUCAAAUUUGGCAUGAAACAGGAUGUUAUACAUCAGAACCAAUUUUUCUACGAAAUCCUUCAGAUGAAACAGGAGAAGAAGAUGAAGGUGUUUUAAUUAUGUCAUUAUUAAGAAGUAACCAUGAAAAUGAAGUAAGUUUAUUAAUUCUUAAUGCUCAAACUAUGACAGAGAUGGGACGUGUUGAAUUUAAUACUAAUGGUCCUGUACCAAAAUGUCUUCAUUGUCUAUGGAUUGAUUCAAUUAAUGAAUAG